CGCGCGCGGCGGCCGGCUCUCCCCCCGAAGUUGGCUCCGGCCCGAGCAGCCGCGGUGGAUCCCACGGCCUACUGCGAGACUCCGGUGUACAACCCGGAUCUCUGCCCCAACAUGAUCGCGGCGCAGGCCAAGCUGGUGUACCACCUGAACAAGUACUACAACGAGAAGUGCCAGGCCAGGAAGGCCGCCGUCGCCAAGACCAUCCGGGAGGUGUGCAAAGUGGUUUCCGACGUCCUGAAAGAGGUGGAGGUGCAGGAGCCCCGCUUCAUCAGCUCCCUCAACGAGAUGGACAACCGCUACGAGGGCCUCGAGGUCAUCUCCCCCACCGAGUUCGAGGUGGUGCUGUACCUGAACCAGAUGGGGGUGUUCAACUUCGUGGACGACGGCUCGCUGCCCGGCUGCGCGGUGCUGAAGCUGAGCGACGGGCGCAAGCGGAGCAUGUCCCUCUGGGUGGAGUUCAUCACCGCCUCCGGCUACCUCUCCGCGCGCAAAAUCCGGUCCCGCUUUCAGACGCUGGUGGCCCAGGCGGUGGACAAAUGCAGCUACAGGGACGUGGUGAAGAUGGUGGCGGACACCAGCGAAGUGAAACUGAGGAUCCGAGACAGGUACGUGGUGCAGAUCACCCCGGCCUUCAAGUGCACCGGGAUCUGGCCGAGGAGUGCCGCGCACUGGCCGCUUCCCCACAUCCCCUGGCCGGGACCCAACCGGGUGGCGGAGGUCAAGGCGGAAGGGUUCAACCUCCUGUCCAAGGAGUGCCACUCCCUGGCCGGCAAGCAGAGCUCGGCCGAGAGCGACGCCUGGGUGCUGCAGUUCGCGGAGGCGGAGAACAGACUGCAGAUGGGCGGCUGCAGGAAGAAAUGCCUCUCCAUCCUCAAAACCCUGCGGGAUCGCCACCUGGAACUGCCCGGCCAGCCUCUCAACAAUUACCACAUGAAGACUCUGGUUUCCUACGAGUGCGAAAAGCACCCCCGGGAGUCGGACUGGGACGAGUCCUGCCUGGGCGACCGUCUCAACGGGAUUUUGCUGCAACUCAUCUCCUGCCUGCAGUGCCGGCGGUGUCCUCACUACUUCCUCCCGAAUUUAGAUCUGUUUCAAGGCAAACCCCACUCGGCCCUGGAGAACGCUGCCAAACAAACGUGGCGACUGGCGAGGGAGAUCCUGACCAACCCGAAAAGUUUGGAAAAACUUUAGGGGACCAUUGAAUCGAGAGCCGACAUGUGAUCACUCUUCUCAAUGUCCUAAUUAAGUGUGAACUUCCUGUUCGAUUCCUGUCUGAUAUUCCACUUGACAGUGCAAACAAUCUCUUCCUUAAAAAAGGAAUAAUAAAUCAUACAAUGUUGAGGCAUCAUCUCACCCACCCCUCCAAGGGGAGAAAAAAAAAAUAGUAGUGAAGCGGAUGGAGAAAACGCAAACCCACAAAUAUUAGAAUACUUAUUUACAAAGGAUUUCGUAUCUCUCUUGAAAAGUACACAGUAACACCCGGAAGACGACCCCAGGCUGUCAUGCAAGCCACAGUGAACACUGCUUCACUAUCAAAGGAUUAUAGCAACCCUGGUGACUUAGGUGCAUCUGUCUGUGAGUAAACACGAUCUGGAUAUGCCAUCUGAAGAAAAGUAGUGUAUUAUUUUGAUUUGUAGCAAAUACUGUGAUCUCGCAUUGUCUUUGAAAGUGUGGAUGUUGGUGCUUUUGUGAUUUGGUGAACAGAAGUUAAAUGGCCAUUUUGGAUACUUCCAGAUAUUUUCCACUAACGGAGAUACCAUUUAAAGGUAGAUUUCCUCCUGGUACAUUUAUGUCUUUGAAAGUGUCUGAACUUUAAAAAGUUUACAUUUUGUUUCAAAUAUAUUGCUUGUUCUAUUUCUAACAUUCCAUAAAUAUACUUGAAAUGUUAUUUAAAUAUAUUCAAAGAAAUCUGAAUUCAGCUUAUAUAAUAACGCUUGAAUAUCUGAAUUAUAUAUUUGAAAAAUGCACUUGAAAUACACUGGAAAAUUACUUUUGUGAUUUAGAUUUUAAUUUCUGUUGCCGGUUUUUAUUUAAUUAGAAGCUAAUAAAGUAAAAUAAAGGUGUUGUGUCUCACUUUAAAUUGUUUUUCUGUCAAAAGAUGUAAUGCUUCAUUUUGGAAUUUGAAUACACUUGAAUAUUUUAAACAUUUUGAGAAAGAUGCUAAUGAAUCAUUAAAAAUAAAACCUUAAUAUACUGAAGAAAAUCUCUUUCUGUAGAACUAAAGAUAAUGUACUCUCAGUUUCUAACUUACUCAUAAAGCAUUCCCCUUACAACAGACACAAUUUAAAUCUACUCUGCAAAGCUUGCUCUUCCGGGUUAGUAUUUCUGUAGCAGUUUUGAUAACAUAAGGAAAAUAUGUCAUCGCUGCAAAGAUUGCUGAGUGAAAAAACAGAGUAACUCAGAGAAAAUGAACUUAAGAAAGUAAAAAUGCAAUUUUCACAAUCUGCAUAUGAAAACUGUGCUCUAAAUUGAAGGUAAUUUCUGGUCAUUUUAUGUCAAAAGUUAUUUUAUGCAAUUAGGAGGUUCCAUUAGAUGAAUAAAUUAAUCAGAAAUCCAAACUUUAUUUUUACUUCAUAAGGCAAGCUAAUGAUAAAAGUAUAAAGACAAACUUUAACUACUUUAAAAUCAAAUACACUACUACAUUGAAACUCAUUUUUAACAUUCUAGAAGUGCAAGAAGUCUUAUGAUUUUAAUAAUCAACAAGUAUUAAAAAGGCUAAUCACCUAUGGGUCUGGAGGUAGUUAAUUAAGAUGGGGUAGAUUUUGGAAUUUCAACUGCUAUUCUACAAAUAAUGUUUUAUAAUGCUUUCAAGCUAUAUACAAAUUAAAUAUAAAUAAUACAAUUCCAAAUUUAUGGGAGCAUUUGUCUUUGACUAUUUUAGCAUAAUUGCCUCUGAAAAAUAUUUUAAAAGAUGAUCUUUGUAAAAUGAUGCUUAAAUAUCUAGCAUGACACUUAUGCUUUUGAAUUCUUAACCUCAGGAAAAAAGUUUACUAAUUGCAUAGUAACAUAAAAGUGAAACACAAUAAAACUGGUUUCAUAAGAAAGUGCAGAGGUGUAGAGCUGCCCUAAUACUUGGGUUUUAAAACCUACCCAAUAAGAUACAAUAAAUAUUUAUGCAU